CCAAUCAUUUGGGCGCCUCGAUGUUCUCGCGGGCGAGAAGGGCAUCACGAUGCACCCUACCAAUCACAACACACGCGCGCCUCUGCGGCAGCAUUACUUUCCGCGAAAGCGAAAACAAGCGCGCGGAGAUGACUGGCCGUGAGUUCUCACGUGAAAUCUACUGAACGUAGCCCGUUCUAGCGUCGUUAGAAAUCCACCGCAUGCAGCGUAAUGAAGAGCCCCCUCCUAGCGCCACGCGCGACCGUCCUUCUAGGUAAAAAAUGUACCGAAAUCGACGUUUUCGCCUGCAUGCGCCCGCAUGACACGGUCACGCCUUUUGAAGCCAACUCAAGUAUGUGGCGCCAGUGCGAAUCGAUGCUGGCGGGCGGACGGACGGGGCAGCACGCAAAAUAGUAAUCUGUUGACCGAGAGAGCAUUAUUGUUUUUGGUACCCAUGGCAGCGCUUGUAGGAGUCAAACACUAGCUUGACAAGACGCAAAUGGCGACCCGAGAGUGGAAACUCCGGCAGACGGUGGAGUCGCACGCCGGAGACGUGACGGGCUGCGACUUCUCGGGUACCACUUUGGCCACUUGCUCGAAUGAUAAGACAGUGCGAAUCUGGCUAUUUGAGGCGGGCUCAUUCACGGAGUCGUCCGCGUCGCCCCUCGUCGGCCACAAGUACGGCGUGAACGCGGUGCAGUUCUCGCCGCUGGGCACGGCACUCGCGUCGUGCUCCAUCGACGGCAGCGUGUUUAUAUGGAACGUUCAGAGUGGCGAGGUACUGGGACAACUGCAGCACCCAAGCGAGGCGGCCCUGCGCUGCUGUAGCUUCUCGCCCUCGGGCGCGCUACUGGCCACCGGAGGCGACGACGAGACGCUGGUGCUGUGGGACGUGGCCACACGCUCGCUAAUGCGAUCUCUCGGCGGUCACGGUGCUCUGGUCACCGCAUGCAGCUUUUCGCCCGACGGCGCGCUGCUGGCGUCCGCGUCGUCGGCCGGAGACCUGCGCCUUUGGGAUGCGCGCUAUGGUCACGGCAGCUGUCUGCUGACGCGCUCCGAGGCUCACGACCUGGGUGCCACUGGCUGCCACUUCAGCCCUCAGUUCGAGGCCAGUCUUGCGCAGGGUACGCUCGAGAGCAGUUAUCUGCUUGCGUCCUGCGGCAACGAUGACCUCGUGCGCGUGUGGCAGGUGCGCAUGGCGCACCGCUGCAGCCUUUGGUCCCAGUGGGUGUUCGAGGGCCACUCUGGAAACGUCAUGUGCUGUCGUUUCGCACCUGGCGGUCAACUGCUAGCUUCCAGUGCCGGUGACAAGACCACCAUGCUGUGGGAUGUGGGCACUGGGGAGCAGCUGCAGCGGCUGACCAAGCAUACCCGCUACGUGCCCUGCUGUGCCUUCUCAGGCGACGGCGAAUUCCUGGCUACGGGCUCCAACGAUCGCACAGUUGUCAUCUGGACUCAGGUUGAGAGCACCGGGGAGGAAGGGCAAGGAGAGAAACCAAAGCCAGUGCAGCCGCAACCGCCACCGCCGCCGAAGGAGGGUGUCGGGGUGGCUGCGGUAGGCCGCUGGUCAGUGAACCAGGUGGGCGAAUGGCUGGAGGGCCUGGGCCUUGGACAGCACCGGGCCACCUUUGAGGAGCACGCCAUCGAUGGCCAGGAGCUGCUGCACCUGACCCAUGAGGGGCUGAGCAAUGCCCUGCACGUGGACGCCCUGGGCACACGUGCCCGCCUGCUGCGCGAGGUGCAGGCCUUGAAGCACCCCCUGUGGCGGCAUCUGCCUCCAGCUGGGGAGGACGACGCUGCCCUGCCCGAGGAGCUCUUCUGCCCCAUCACCCAGGAACCCAUGCGCGAUCCCGUCGUGGCCGCAGAUGGUUACAGUUACGAGCGGACCGCCAUCAGUCGCUGGCUGGAGAGCGGGAAGGACACCAGUCCCAUGACCAACGAGCCCUUGGAGCAUACCAUGGUGCUGCCCAACCGCACCCUGCAACUGCUCAUCCAGAAGUACCUGCGCUAGAGGCAUGCCUGAGUGGCGUCCACAGGCAUCACCUGCACGCGCCUGGGUAACCUUGCACUGGGUGCGACACGUGUGCUUCAAUUCGCAUAUUGAAGGUGGCAGGUAACAGCAAAGAGUUGUGGAACAUUGCUCUGUGACGCGAGGUUAAAGACAGGAUAGGAGAUCUGAGCGGCAGGCAUAGGCUGGCAUACUCACUCACACUCAUUUUACAUUUGUUAGUAUGAGUGAGUUAUGAAGGGCAUGAGGGAACAUAAGUAUGAACGAGUGUGAGCGUAUGUGAGCAUGAACAGGAGUAAAAGGCAGUGAAGAUGAGCGUGCACAUGAGUAUGAGCGUGGGUAGACAUGAGUAUGAAUGUGUGUGGGUGCCGAUGAGCAUCAGUGGGCAUAAGUAGGAAGUUGAGUAAGUGGUGAUGAGUGCGAGUUGGUGCAUAUCCGUAAAAAAUAUUGGUGAGUGAGUGUCCACUUUUUCUGUCGACCUAUGGCUUCAGGUCACGCGAGAAGCACUUGCCCUGCUGUGUCUCUGAUCUUCAAGUCUUGUCUUCAGUUUUGUCUCGCAGCGUAGUGUUCUGCUGUGUCUCAGAACCAACACAACCCUAACGGGGAAAUGCAUUUAUGUCACACAGCACUUGCAUUGAUUGGUGUCAGUGCCCCUGUUUUCCACUAAAGUCUAUAGUACCAAGAUCAGAGUGCUGUUGUUACAUGGCCCAGAAUUUUAGUGGACAUAAGUACAUAGAGUAAACUUUCCUCGCAGGACCACAUACACAUAGCUUUGAUUAAAUAAGUUAGACCUAUGCAGUGCUAUAGGAAUAUGCAGGCUUUAGAAAAAUUAUGAUCAUUGUUAUGGGACAGCAAUUACAUCACCAUUCCUGUGUGAACUGUUUUGCAGUGCACCCUCACUUGUUCCUUUUGUGCACCAGUUUCAGGAGCUGACCAGGGUUUUUCCUGCAGUGGUAAUCACGAGCACUUCGUAAACUCUGCAAAAGAGUGCUGUUUUGGUAAGGCACGAGAGUACUACGGAUACGAACUUCAAGGUUGGAAAUAGAGAUAAAAUACUGUAUUGUAAGCCCUCAUUAAGGCACACCCUGUGGGACAGCAGAGCGAUUACCCACUUAACCAAUUCAAUUCUAGUAAAGCUGCACAAAAUGGUAGAACCACUAGAAGGGACAUUAAAGGAAAUGUUGAGCUAAGCUGGACCCGUAAAUUGCAGACGUCACACACGUAAGUGCUUGACCACAUUUCAUCUGCAUCCUUUUCCUUGCAUUCUUGUGGCUCAAUGUCGCAUUUCAAUUGGUGAGGUGAUGACAGUAAAGUAUUAUGAUAGUGGCCAAAUCACCCAUUGAUUAUCACAUUUAGUGCCAUAGUAUGGGCUGAAGAGAAAUCAUUGCAACCCAACCAUUAAACAAAAGCAGCAAGCAGCAGGGGUUCAGGUAGGCAGUAAAUGUUAGAUUUGUAGGCAGUCAACUCUCGAGAACAUUUACUUGACUGUACAAAGUGGCGGUACUUAUUAAUCGGGUAAGUGCUAGGGGUUCUGCUGUAAUGGAGCCUGUUGUAGGCUUACAGGGACAUUGCUGUAAUAUUGUUCAUUGAACAAGAAGGUGGGGCUAAUGUGGUGGGUUUGGCAGCUUGUUGCAGGCACCAUUGUGGCCAUUGCUUGCCCUGUAAUAAAGUUUACUUUUCCUCGCCAAGUGGCUGCUGCUUGUGAGUCAUCGAGUGUUCUUUUAGGAGUGGUUCGGUUAGUGGUAACUGUUGUUCACAACUAAAGGGGCCAGUUCCACGUAGUAUAAGCGAAUUUGUGUUUUCUCCGCAAAGUUGUGCGUAGGAUUCCUAGCUAACUUGUCACAUUUGCGGUGCUUUAGCUCGUUUGUGCUCUUCUAUCUGCAUAAAAUGUAAUUUAAUGUACCUUAUCUCCUGUUCUUGAGUUCGUAACAUAGAUUAGCAAUUUUCCAUGCCAUUCUCAAAAGGCCUACUCACUUAAAUUUAGUCCUUUCUUUAAAGGCAUGAAGACCAAUGUCUAUACUGUAGCCAUCAUUGCUUUAUACCCGUGGCAUGCUAACCAGCGAUGCUGCGAAACCACUGACAUCACUGUCUCCACAUACCAUUGACACUACUAUAUCGUUUACAUACUCUUUUCAAAACACUGCAAUAAGUAAUUUUUACCAUUCAUUUUGGUCAGUUUAUGGAUGUGUGGUGUAACAUUUCUUUGGGCUUGUAGUAGUGGCUCUCGGCUUGUUGGUCCAACUUGAAGUGAUUCCCUGCAAAGCUUACUGUUCCGGCAUAGAGAAAUACUUUAACUGUUAAUGUAUUGCAUUAAUCGAGAUUGGUUUACGUAAACUUAGUCAAGUUCUCAAGUCUAAGUAAAUAAAAAAUCUGAUAAAUUUUGCAGGGUAGGGUUGUUUGUACUGCUAACCUUGGCUAAUGUUGUGGUAGGCAUCUAGUCACAUGGAGCCCAACUUGAUUUCGCCACCGCUGUCGCAACGCUUUCGUGCAGGCAGCGACUAUGUUGCCGUCGCCAUUAUGUAUGACGGCCUUUGCCUGUAAUAUAAAGACUGGGAACUGUAAAAGUGACACUUUCUUUGCCAAAGAAGAAAAAAAUAGCAACGAUGUGACGCUCAUGGCAACUAUGCAUCCUGAACUGCAGGUCGCUAUUGUUAAGAAGUAAUGUUGUUCGCAAGAUACUUGGGAGUGCCGAUUUGUCGCACCACGAAGGCAUUCCAAGAUGCUUAAAAAGAUGGCAACAAUGUGAUACUCGUGGCAACUAUGCAUCCCUGGCUGCAGGUUGCUGUCAUUAAGAAGUCAUGUUGUUCUCAAGAUACUCAUGAUGUGCCAAUUUGUCACGCCACGAAGGCAUUACAAGAUGCUUUUUUUUUUUGUUCUAUUGGUCGUUGAAGUGGAGUUCUAAAAAUUCAGUUCAGACACUAUUGCAUAUUGUUUCACAGAGCUACUGCUAAUACAGGGCUCUUAAGUGUUACUUAUGCAGCAUGAGGUUCUGUUGACAGAAAGCUAAGGCUUGCCUCACAUAAUUGUUGCAUUACUUCAAGGCAUGUGCCUUGAAGUAAUGCGUGACAUCUUUUGCAGAUGAGUACAGUCAUUCCAUGCAGUUUUGGGGACUAGUCAAAGCUAGAGCAAGUGUACAAGAGUUAGUAGUCAUUUACACUUGCUGAUAAUGUGCUUUGUAUGUAUGUUUCGUGGUUAACAAGUUAUAAUGAUCAUACCCCGAGCCUCCAUGCUUUGCUGGCUGUCCUGUCUUAGUGUUAGAGCUCUGCUAUACAGUGGGGUGCUGUGUGUUGAGUCCCUUUCUGCCUAACACAGAUACCAAAUCCUUUGAAUAGGCACUGGUGGCACAUUUCUCAUAGCUCCAACCUGUGUUUAGAGCAGACACUUCUUUGUGCUUAGACGGUGGCCAGAAGCGACCUUGUUAGUAACCUAAACUAUACAGAAAUGCCCUUGCAAUAUUGCAUCUAAGUGGUGGCACUUUCAGUUUGAAUUAAGACUAGUAUAAUCCUCUUGCGGUGAGCUGUAAUUGUAACUGGCUAUAAGUAGUAUUACCAUAAUUUUUUGUAGCCAUGAUUGAUUGUUAUUCAUUUUGUUUUAAAAUCUAGCCUGGGACAGAUGAGAUUGUUUAAAAAAGACACACUGCAAUAGCCUUACUCUGCUGUUCUUACCAUGGUCAUUUUUAAAAAUUAAUUAAACCUGAUUUUGUAAGCUUAGUUGUAAUUAAUCUACACAACAGUAAUUAAAAAUUUCAUUUGCUGCAAGUUUGUGCUUAUCAAUAUUAUCUUUCCCUUCAUUGUAAUUUUAAUGCAAAAUAAUAAUAAUAAUACUAAAAGAGGGGGGCACUGUACAAAAAGCCACAGUUUCAUGCCAUACUUUAAAAAUAGCAGCAAAGCCCACCUUGGUUGAUUCUAUAUGACCGCAUUAAAAAAGCUCUUGUAUGUCAACAUUGUCAGUGUUUGCAUGCUGCUGCAAGUGCUUAGGUCAUUGUCCAAAUUUAAGUCUUGAGAAUUUGUGCAGGAGGCCAAUGCACUGUGAUCUAAUGUACCUUUUCGUCUCAACCAGUAAUUAGGUGUCAUUGUUUUACAUGGCACAAUAUAAUUGCAAAAAUGAGACCCUUGAGUCUGGAUGAUGCAUGGCAUAAUUUAAUGUGUAGCUGUCGGACCAGUGAUUAUAGUACAAAGCGUCAAUUCCGACAGUAUGCAACAAAUAAUUACAGUACCGUAAACUUCCGAGCAAGCGCCCCCACUCGUGCAAGAGCCCCCCCGCCUAACUUCACUGCUAAUUUCAAAUUUCCGCGCCGUUCCGGGAAAGUCUGAGCAGAGAUCGAGGCUUCAGUCAGUAGCCUGCCUCAUGUAAGGCCCGCGUCCGGUAAAAACGCGGGAAAAAAUGCGGGCCUUGCAUGAGUAAAUGUGGUACAUGUACAGUCGGGUGUCGAAUGCUUAUGGGCACAAAUCGUGUGAAAAAUCUCAAUCUCUGCUUACAGGCAUGCUGUGUAUGAAUUGAUGCAAUGCUAUAUUGGUAGCACAUGUUUAGUAGUCUUUCUUUGUACCCCUGGAUAUGUGCUUAUGUGCCCCCUAAAUUUUUGAUGUUGGCGUUGCCUAAAUAGACACGAAAGUGGGUGGAGGAAGCAGCUGUCAUCAUAGCUCAGUUGGCAGAGUAUGUAUUGCGUGCUUUGUGCUGAGGUUGUGGAUUUGCCUCCCAGUAGCAGGUUAUUGUUUCUCAUAUUUUUAUUUUCCUUUUCAUUUAUUAAGAAUACCAAGUAUACCGUAAUUAAAUAUUCAUCCAUAAUUAUGUACUUAUAGCUAAAUUAAAAAUAAAAUUCUCCUAUGCUGUGCUCGGCUUCAUAUUAUUGUUUCUAAAAAUUAAGCCCCUUGGUUCUCCUAAUCCUUCUCCUUAAAUUUUGUGUCAGUGUCAAGUACAGCUGGGCCUCAUGCCUAGAGGCAUGCCACAGUUACCAAAGAUGGUGAUCUUGUAAUGUUGCAAACCACUGACCACUGAAAUAACCAUUGAUUGCUCGUCAUUAUGGCAGCAGAGGAACUGAUGCUUCAUAACCAUGAUUGCUGGAUCAGCAGCUAUCUAAUAAAGACAGAAAGCACAAAGAAAGGUUUUUGUCAUUGUUUCUUGCUAUCUAUAUUUAGGAAUAAUGCACACAGGACACAGCAUGCAAUACCAUUUUUCUUUUUUUUUUUCUCAGGUGAUUUUUGUGUUAGCACUUGAGUAUGAAGGUAUUUCUUUGUACAUUCAGGGAAAGUAAUGCAUCACAUACCUAUCAAGAGGAAUUUACAACACUUUAAAAGAAACUAUACAUUUUUUACUUCUAAUGUUUAUCAAUACUGUUUGCAUUAAAGCAAGACAUAGUACAUUCACAACGGUGAGCUUUGGGCAAUAUUUCAACCAGGUCAACCGUCCAUAACUAUCUUCCUCAGAAAAAAAAAAAGGCAAGGCUGUGGCUGCAGUUUUCUAUUUCUCAGGGUUGAAGAGCUGGGGGUAGGGAAAACAAUAUUAGGGUCUACAGUUUAGACAGGCUACGUUCCAGUUUCAGCGAUGGGCCUGGGACUUCGAGGAAGUGUAUUACGCCCAGCUCGGUAACAUAUGAAUAAAAAUAAAUGAACUGGUCAUGUUUGUGUACUGGAAUCGUUGUACGAAGCAGGUCAACAUGCUUUCUAGUAGUAAGUGAAGUGGCUGGUUGCCAUUGUUUUGUGAUUAUACUCAAUAAAUUUUUAUCCAAGAA